AUGGCAUUCACUGCAAGCGACAUCUGCAAGAUCAUCCUCGCCAUCAUCCUCCCGCCCCUUGGUGUCUUCCUCGAGCGCGGUUGCAAUGCCGACUUCCUCAUCAACAUUCUCCUGACAAUACUGGGUUACAUUCCGGGUAUUAUCCAUGCCUUAUACAUCAUCCUCAAGUACUAG